AUGGACCCGAGCUCGGUGACGGAGUACGUGAUGUGUCCGAACGAAAGCGCGGGUAAGGUGAUCGGACACGGCGGGGAAAAGAUUAACAGCAUACAAACCGAAAGCGGGGCCAUCGUGAAGAUUCAAAACCAAAACGAAGUCGGCCCGGGACAACCGCGAAGGAUCACGAUCAGUGGCGCGCCCGAACGCGUCGCGCACGCGUCGCAGUUGGUGUACGCGAUCAUCGGACAAUCAAGCGCGAGCCGCGCGGCGCAGGCGCCGCGCGGCGCGGGCGGCGGUCGCGACGCGGCGGGCGCCGAGAUUUUCGUCCCCGUCGAGCCGGACCAGUUCGGUAAGAUUAUCGGUCGAGGCGGAGAGACGAUUCGUAGGUUGCAAGAAGAGAGCGGCGUGCGCAUGCAAGUCGAUAGACCGAACAGUCGCGUGCAAAUCACGGGCGACGCGUCGGGGUGUGAAGUCGCCCGAACGUUGCUUCAGGAAGUCCUCGACGCGACGAACGAACCCGUGGGAAUGGGAACGUCGGGCGCGCAGUCCACGGAGAUUUCGGCGCAAGGCCAAGAGGGUCGAAUCAUCGGUAAGGGUGGGGAAAAUAUUCGUUCGCUCGCCGCGCAAACCGGCGCGAAGCUGAGCAUCAUCAAAGAGACGGGCAUGGUUCGCAUCCAAGGCGACCCGCGGCAAAUCGAAGACGCCGUGCGCGCCGUCAACGAGUUCAUCGACGCGCAGGUGAACCCGGUCAAGUACCCCAACGCCGUCGGCGGCGGCGCCGGGAUCCCAUCCAACGGCGCGUAUCACCCGCCCGAAGAUUCCGGCGGGUUGACGCCGUACAAGCCCCUCUGGGAGACGCACCAAAGCCCGGAGGGAUACACCUACUAUUACAACACCACCACGGGCGAGACGACGUGGGAAGAACCCGAGGACUACGACGGGUUCAGCUGA